CCAGAUGUCUGUAGAGCUGCGGCCGCAGGAGCAGUGGUUCACGGUGGUUAUGCAGGUCCUUGCUUGCUCCAGCCGAAUCUCGUUUCUUUCUUCAUUCUUUCCCCCCUAGCAAGCUUCAAAACUUCUGAAAAACUGACCCCGCUCUUCUCACUCCUGUGGACAUGGGCUUCAGUCGAGUCGCCAAUGCAGGUUUUUUUAACCACUUAACUUAUUUUCUGGCUGCUGGUGCUGUUACUUUGGGAAUUGGUUUCUUUGCUUUGGCAUCAGCUUUGUGGUUCCUGAUUUGCAAACGAAGAGAAAUAUUUCGAAAUUCCAAAUUUAAAGCAAUUGAUGAGAGAUGCAGGCAAAGAUCAUCAAAGGGAAAGAUUAAAUCUCAUUCUCAUUGUGUCUUUAUUUCUCGAAAUUUUCAUACUGGAGGAUUCCUAUCACAGGAGGAGCAAAGAAAAAAGGAAACAGCACAUAUAAAAGCAAUUAAAGAUCACUCUAAAGACGAAUUCUGCCUUGCAACGCAGAAGGUCAUUUGUGACCCCUCAGAGACUAGCUUGGCAACACAUCCCAGCAGUGUUACCUUAACCUUAUCAACACUACCAUCUAAUUCUUAUCACAGCCAAAGUAUAGAAGCAGCUGAUGACUGGUUUUUUGAUGAUACUCUAGCAAAAAAGAACUCUCCAAUGCCUUUUCUCAGGGAACCUCUACUGGAAAAAGUAUUUUCAUACCUGUCAACAAUUUCCUUAGAAGACUGUACUGAAAAUGUACUGAAUAUGGCACUUUAUGAUGAUCAGAAAGAUGACAGCAUUAAGGAAAUAUUUUCACGAAGAAAUGCAGAGGUUGAAAUACAAAACCUUCAACAUAAUAUUGAAUGACUUUUUUCUUUUGAAACAUUGUAUACACUGAAAUCAUGGAAAGUUAAAACUGAAUCACCAGCUUCUGAGUCUCUUAACAUGUCCAUACUAAUAUUACUUGUUCUUUACCUUAGAGUGGUCCUACUUCCCUUGCCAUUUCUUAUUUCUAGAAACAAAAUUACAGGAAGCAGUAGAGUGACAUUAUGAAUAUUAAGUUUAACUCCUUGUAUUUCAUCAAAGGACAUAAUAAAUAAUAUGAAUGUAUUUCAACAUACAAGAGAAAUACUUUUAAAAACCUUCAGCAUAAAUAGAUUUUUGAAUAAAACAUUCACAACAUUUCCUUAUACUUUUGACAUUUUCAAUUUUACUUCCAUGUGGGUAGGGCUGGGCAGAAUACUUCCAUCAGCUUUUCUGAAUUUUAAAUACAUAAAUCUCUUAACAUUCAAAUUUUAUUUUGUCAUGAUUUUGGUAAACAAUAUAAUUUUGCUCUUCUAGGGGAGCCUGGAAACUGAAGAAUCCAGAAAAUAAUUUUCUUUGCCCCUUCCUAUGUCCGUUUCUCAGAAUGGUUUCCCAAUCCUUACUCCACUAUGAUGGAAAUGUGGCCAGCUAUUUUCCUAAACCGCUGAUUCAAGCUAGAUGAAUCAGAGUUCUCACUAAUCUGAGAGAUCCUUUUUUUUUUUUUUAAACAUAUCUUUAUCAUUUUAUUAGGAAUAAUUCUAAGUGGGUAAUGCAGAAAAUUUACUGAGUUUAAUGAGUUUUCCAAAACCUCUUAAUGAAAAUAAUCUGAGAGACCCUUGGUCAGAUUUCUGUGUUUAGUCCUGAGGGAUUUCUGAAAUCAUCCACCAUGUAAUUAAUCUUUUUUCCCUUUCUCCUAAAUAGUCUCCAUAUAAUCAGUUCUCUCCUUUCUUCCUUCCCUCCUCUCUCUCUCUCUCCUUCUUUCUUUUUUGGAAGAUGACUAAAUAUAAUAUUAACUUUUGUGUUUAAGUUACUCACCUACACUUGUGCAUAUCUCCCCAAGAGAUAAAUCAUACCUAUUACAAUAAAUGAAAAGAAACUUCUCUCAAUUAAAAGUAGCGUUGCCCAUGUCUAUUGAUUCUGUCCCAUGGGAAAUAUUAAAAAGGAUUAGAAUACCUGUCUCCUGAACACCUCAUUGUUUCUACAUAGUUACUGGUUGUGAAAACAGCUCUCUUAGAUGUCCACCCCUACAUCUAAGUAAGCUAUUUGAACUCAGGGUCUGUAAGGAACAGCGUAUAUAUAAAUUGUUCUCUGUCUCUUGGUGUCUCACCAACUUAUAUCUUACUACCUAUCCCAGAGAAGUUAUCUCUAAUUUUGCUAAGAUGUUAAAACUUUUCUAGGAAUUUGGGAUUGGAGAUAAGAGAGUCUAGCUUUGAUUUGAUUAGUCUCUGGAAUAGCGGAAACAACCUGAGGAGCUAUGGGCUACGUUUGGGAAGGAAAAAUAGUAAAUCUGCAGUGAGAGAGCAGCGAAGCACUUGCAAAGUAAAAAGCAGAGAUGAGAGAUAAGGCGAAUGUGAUUCCUGCUUUCUAAUAGUCGUCCAUUUCCUUAUUCCAGCCCUUCGUGAAGCUGCCCUUGGCUUAGUAUGGCAGUCUGGUAUCCUAAUAAUAAUUUCCCCUGUUUGCUUAAGCUAGCAAGAUUUGAUAUUUAUUAAUGUCCUGUUUUUAACUGUGGUUCUGGGCUUUGGUAGGGUACCCUUGUAAUUUUAUAAUAAAUUGUCCUUUUUGCAUAAAGUAAAAAGAGUUCUGUUUCUGUUAA